GAAAGGGGUGUGCUUUCUGAUAACGUGGUGAAUAAGUGGUUAUAUUUCUCCCUUUUUAAAAUGGCGGUUAGUUAUUUUCAAUGUUUUAAGAGGUGCUGUUAGCGCUAAAGCUCCAGUUGUUGGUGUUUUAUAGACCGAGGGUGUCCUCUUUUGGCGCGUGGUGGAAUCUGACCCCCCUGUUUUUAGAUGGUAUCGUCCGCAGUGCUGGCAGGCAACCAGAGCAAGGGCUAUAGGCCGAGAAGCCAUGCCACUUUUUGGAAACACGUUCAGUCCAAAGAAAACUCCACCCAGAAAAUCCGCUUCACUUUCCAACCUGCACUCGUUGGACAGAUCUACGCGUGAGAUUGAGCUGGGUCUAGAAUACGGCAGUCCUGUCAUGACCCUUACAGGACAAAGUCUGAAGUUUGAGAAUGGCCUAUGGAUAACAGAAUCAUUAGGAAGCACUGGGGACCGGCGGGAGACACAGCGUCUUCGCAAACGGAAUCAGCAGCUGGAAGAAGAGAACAAUCUGCUACGGUUGAAAGUGGACCUUUUGUUGGAUAUGCUUUCUGAGACAACUGCAGAGUCCCACCUCAUGGAGAAGGAAUUAGAAGAACUGAAAAAUUACAGUCGAAGAAGGAAGUGAACAGGAAGACAGAAGACAGGGAAGGAAAGAGCAGGAGAUUAUGGUCAAAAGGGACCAGGCUAAGAAGUGGUGAAGCCACAUCUACCUUGGAAGACUUUGCUGUCUUUGUCCUUAUAUAUGUAGCCAAGAUUCCCAGUGCGAAAUAUUAAUAAGUUCUCUAGUCCUGGAAGUAGUUACUCUUUAUUCCUUCUGGAGCUUCUUUCCAAAUUUCUUAAACAUAUAUUUGCAGAACACCAAUCCAAUAGCUGGUGACGUGCUUAGAAAAUAAUAUAUGUCUUUCUAUCUACCCACAAAAGACAAUUCUGGAGUUGUGCGAGAGGGACAUAGACAGGAAAAAUGGAAAAGGAGAGAACAGUCUCACCAUAUAUCUCCAUGAUCUUAGUGGCUAAUUUUGAUAAUCACAUUUUGGUUCAUUAGAUUAGGAUAUGCAUUCAUAGGAUACAUUUUCCUGUAGCUUUUGUGUUGCCACAUUAUUCCACCCUAUCUGCAAGCAACAAAAUAAGGAAGACCAUUGGCCUUAAUCAUCACUUCUCAUAUCUAAAUGAGAAGUUAUGGUUUAACAGUUUAUGUAUCUUGGGGGCCUAGAAUGCUAAUGUUUGAGGAGAAGUCCAGUUAUGGACUUGAGUAGUGAGGCAGAGCAACAUCACAAAUCUCUAGCUUUGCAGUGUCUGUUAGUUAAGGAAACUGGUGGUACUUGAGCAUCAAUAAUAUGAAACACUUUGACAUUUGGUUUAAAGUUGCAUACUGCAGUCAGUUUACAAUCUUGAAUAUCAGCUGUACUGACUGUAAAGUUGGCUGACAGUAUGGGAACAGAAAACUGCAGAAAUUUCUUCUUGUUUGGUCCCAUCCCAGUACUCUGUUGUCCCAUUAGUAUGGAUAAACUUCACACUAACAGCUGAUCCCUAUUAUUAUUGACCAUACCAAUAAUAUAGUUUCAUUAAUUUUACCUUUGCUAUAUUUUUAUUUUGUCUUGGCGAAGACAUCUUAAAUAAUUUACCCUUUAAGGUACAGGUAUUUAUAUUUUUUUUUAUAUAUUGAUCACUUCUGUUCAUACCACAGUUAUGUAGAAUGUUGGGUUAAAUUACUCUAUGUCUAUUUUUAUACUUUAAAAAUAAAGUUACUACACUGUU